GUCCUAUUGAGAAAAAGCUUUUAUCAAUCAAUUAGCUCUGCGAUAAGAUGCUUAUCUUUUCUUUUUUUUCCGAAACUCAUCAGUGAUAAUAAGUUAUCUGAAAAUUGGUUCAUCACAGAAAGUAGAUAUGAGAAUUGAAGUCUCCUUGAAUGUAUCACAGUUUAUGACUUGAACUCACUCUUCCUUAUUGUCUAGCCAUUUAACAAUUUGCCAUAUUUAAUUAUAUUUUUUAAAUUUGUGUCACCAUGUUAUCUCGAUUCAGCACCGGAUUACAAUGCCUUGGACGACGAUUGACCUCCAUAUCAUCUCAACGUUUUUCUACUGAUUCUAUCUCGGAUCACUCAAGUGCUAUUAAUGGUUUAACUCCUGAUCAGGCAGAGUUACGGUCAUCAGUGAGGAAAUUUUUAGACAAAGAGUUGCCACUUGAUUUGGUUGGAAAGAUUGACAAAGAUGGACAUUAUCCUGGAUUUCGGGAUUUUUUUAAAAAACUUGGUUCAAUGGGACUUCUAGGGCCAACUGUUUCCAGGGAGUAUGGUGGACUUGAUUUAACCUAUCUUGAUCAUUGUAUAAUCAUGGAAGAGAUAAGCAGAUCCAGUGCUGCUCUUGGACUUUCCUAUGGAGCUCACACAAACCUGUGUAUAAAUCAAAUAUUUGUUAAUGGAAAUGAAGAACAAAAAGCUAAAUACUUACCUGGAUUAAUUGAUGGAUCCAAGAUUGGCUCUUUAGCCAUGUCUGAGACUGGUGCUGGAAGUGAUGUUGUGUCAAUGAAGACAAAAGCCGAGAAAAAAGGUGACUAUUAUGUGAUUAAUGGAAGCAAAUUUUGGAUUACCAAUGGUGCUGAAGCUGAUGUUGUUUUCCUGUAUGCUAGAACAAGUGAUAAAGGAAUCACUGCCUUUAUCAUUGAGAAAGGAAUGGAAGGAUUCUCGCUUGGACAACAAAUUGAUAAACUUGGAAUGAGAGGAUCGCCAACAACCGAACUACUUUUUCAAGAUUUGAAGGUUCCUGAAAAGAACAUUGUCGGUGGAUUGAACAAUGGAGUCUAUGUAUUAAUGUCAGGUCUUGAUAAGGAAAGGUUGGUUCUAGCUGCUGGUCCUGUUGGUAUCAUGCAAAUGGCCUGUGAAUUAGCUUUUGAUUACACUCAUCAACGAAAUCAAUUUGGCAAACCUAUUGGUACUUUCCAGAUUCUUCAGGCUAAAAUGGCUGAUAUGUAUGUUGCUCUUAGUGUGUCUAGAGCAUAUGUUUAUAAUGUUGCUCGAGCGAUUACAAAUUAUUAUGCUCGAAAAGAUAUCGAUAUCAAAGGACCCUCGCCUUAUACCAAAGAUUGUGCUGGUGUCAUACUUUACACCGGUGAGGCUGGAACUAAGGUUGCUCUUGAUGCUGUUCAGCUUUUAGGAGGCAAUGGAUACGCUAAUGAAUAUCAUGUUGGAAGAUUGGUCAGAGAUGCUAAGCUUUAUGAAAUUGGUGCUGGAACUAGUGAGAUCAGGCGGUGGUUAAUCGGACGUGAAUUGAACAAAGCCUACUUAGGAAAAUAGACAGUUUUUACAGAAAAGUUUUAGACAAAAAACACGAAAAAUGUAAAAUAAAUGAUUAAAGUGAUGAUAUCAGUGUAA